AUGCAGCAAGCUAUCAAGAAGACCUUCUUGUCGUCGCCCGCCUUUGCUGUCGUCGGCGCAUCUAAAGACCAGUCGAAGUGGGGAACGAAGGUCCUCCAAUGGUACAAGGCGCGCGACUACAAGGUGACGCCUGUGCAUCCGGUCGAGCCGGAGCUGGAGGGCAUACCCGCGGUGAAGACACUCGCCGAUCUUCCCAACCCCUCACAGACGUCCGUCAGCGUCAUCACACCCGCACCCAUAACGCUCAAACUGCUCCAGCAAGCGAAGGAGCUCAACGUGCCCGCCCUCUGGUUACAGCCCGGCACAUUCGACAACGACGUCACAUCGUUCAUCGAGACCAGCGGAUUGAAAGAUCGUGUCAUCUAUGGGGGCCACCAAUGCAUCCUUGUCGAAGGAGAUGGAAUUCGCAGCAACCUUUGA